CGUUGGCGAAUAUCGCGAUCUGAACAUCGAUCGCAAACAAAUGUUACAGCGGCACACAUCAAUCGUCAAGUUGAAUAACGUCUAUUGCAAUCAUUUGAUCGUAAUAUACUAAUCAUGUCUAAAAGAGAACACGUCGAUAGUGAUUCUGAUGAUGGAUGGGUGGGACCGAUGCCGUCGGAGGCUGCCGAGCCGAAAAAACGUAAAGUUCUGGAGUACGAGCAAGUUUACCUCGACAAUUUACCCAGCUGUGAAUGUUACGAAAAAUCGUACAUGCAUAGAGAUGUUAUCACCCACGUUUUGGUCACAAAAACAAAUUUCGUGAUCACUGCCAGUUGCGACGGGCAUGUAAAGUUUUGGAAAAAACAGGAGGAACUAAUUGAGUUCGUUAAACAUUUCCGGGCACAUUUAAUGGCCAUUCAGUCGAUGGCAGCAAGCUGUAAUGGCGCGCUAAUGUGCACAGUCAGUUUAGACAAAAGUAUCAAGGUCUUUGAUGUUGUUAACUUUGACAUGAUUAACAUGAUGAAAUUAGACUACGUGCCACAGUGCUCUGAAUGGAUAUAUUCACCUGGAGAUGCGAUAUCUGCAUUAGCAGUUUCCGAUCAAGAUUCGAAUAAGAUCUAUGUUUAUGACGGUCAAGGGACAAAUACUCCUUUACAUGUCUUCGAAAAGUUACACACAAAAAAUGUCGUCAUUAUGAGGUACAAUCCAGUUUUCGAGACGUGUAUAUCUGUAGAUAAAGCAGGGAUUUUAGAAUAUUGGACAGGCCCUAAAACUGAGUACAAAUUUCCAAAAUGUGUUAAAUUUGAAUCUAAGCUGGAUACAAAUUUAUUUGAGUUUGCAAAAAAUAAAACUUACCCGUGUGGCUUAAGUGUUUCUCCUGACGGCAAGAAAUUUGCCAGUUUGAGUGGAGACAGGAAGGUCAGAGUGUUUCAUUUCUUGACUGGAAAGCUAUACAGGGUAUUUGACGAAACUCUGCAAAGAUUUACUGAGUUACAACAAACUACUCAACAAUUGCCUAACAUGGAAUUUGGGCGCAGAAUGGCUGUUGAGAGGGACUUGGACAAGACGGAAGCAAAUAUGGGCAACAUAAUAUUUGACGAAUCAGGGUACAUGGUCAUGUACAGUACAAUGCUUGGCGUAAAGUUGGUGAAUUUGUAUACAAAUCGCUGCGUUACAAUCAUGGGUAAGCCUGAAAACUUCAGGCCUAUGCAACUAGCUUUGUUUCAGGGUAAAGCGAAGAAAACUACGGCUGCAGUGACGUUUGAAAUGGAGGCAUCAGAAAACCCGACAAUGGAGUUGAAUCGCCCAGAUCCAACAUUGUUUUGCACAGCGCACAAGAAAAAUAGAUUUUAUAUGUUCACGCGACGUGAACCAGAAGACACAAAGAGCCAGGAGUGUGACAGGGAUGUUUUCAAUGAAAAACCAUCCAAAGAGGACAUUAUCUCAUCCACAGAAGCCACUAAUAUGCAGAAAAUAUAUGACGUGGCGAUUCUGCACACAGCUCUUGGAGACAUACAUAUCAGCCUCUUUGGCAAAGAUGUGCCUAAAACGGUGGAAAACUUUUGUAUGCAUUCUAAGAAUAAUUAUUACAAUGGUCACAUAUUUCACAGAGUUAUUAAAGGCUUCAUGAUACAAACUGGAGAUCCCACGGGAACUGGUACUGGUGGAGAAAGCAUAUGGGGAGGGGAAUUCGAAGACGAAUUCAGGCCUCAUCUCAAACACGACAGGCCAUAUACAUUGAGCAUGGCAAAUGCAGGGCCAAAUACAAAUGGAAGUCAAUUUUUCAUCACGCUUACACCUACGCCAUGGCUUGAUAACAAACACACAGUUUUUGGCCGAGUGAUCAAAGGAAUGGAAGUAGUUCAGAAUAUCAGCCAGGUGAAAACAAACCCUAAAACUGACAAACCAUAUGAUGAUAUUCGAAUAGUUAGCAUUACAGUCAAGUAGAUUUUCCAUUCAAACGAUGACAAUCACAUACUUGUAAAAUAAAUUUGUAUCAUUAAUAUUAAAUUAUUUCAAAUUUUA